ACAACGUUUACGUCGUUACCACAUACACCGUCGAUACACAAUGAUUUAUCGCAUAAUUUGGCCGGUCUCAACGAUAAACUGUUAGCAUUAAGUCAAAAACUGCAAGGUGAAGAACUGAAUGAGAAUCGUGAAUUGAGUGGUGCAGAGAGCAAUGCAGUGAUCGAUUCUAGCGUAGUGCCUCCUCCGUCAAGACCAUCCAUCACACCACAAACACCAGCGCUUAUCGGCACGGUGAAUCCCUCUGCAGUCCCCAUUCAACAGCCACUGAACCCUAGCGCAACUGCGAUUACGAAUGUAAAUGCCUCUCCUGCAGUGCCCACUAAUCAGUCAACAUCCACAUCAACUACCGCCGGUAUGAUGCAUGUUGAUACGCUGAAUGCUUUAGCCGAUGCACUACAGAAG